AUGAACGCCUCCACGCCGCUCUGCGCGCCCACGGCCGACGCCGCCUUUGGCCCGGCCGUCGCCCCCGGCUGCCGCCACGGCUUCGACUUCACCCUCGUCUUCGAGCAGUCCAUCUUCGUGCUGCUCCCCGCCGCGCUGCUCCUCGUCGCCGCGCCCCUGCGCCUCGCCCGCCUCGCCAAGGCGCCCGUCUUUGUCGGCGCGCCGAGGCUGCGCGUCUCCAAGCUCGCCGCUGCGGGAGUCCUAGCUGCGCUGCAGCUCGCCCUCGUGGGCCUGUGGGCUGCGGCCCCGGCGUCCGCGCCGCGUGCCGUCCGGGCCGUCUCCGUUGCUGCUGCGUGUGUGUCCAUGGCCUCGAGCCUCGUGUCGUGUCUUGUCUCGUACUUUGAGCACGCCCGCUCCCCGCGGCCGUCGUCGCUCCUGAAUGUCUACCUGCUCGUAUCUCUGCUGCUAGACGCGGCCCUGCUCCGCACCCUGUGGCUGUCCCCGCCGUCGCUCGUCGGCCCGGCCAUCCAGCCCGUCUUCACCGCAUCGUUCGCGGCCAAGGCGGCGCUGCUCGUGCUCGAGGCCCCCGGCAAGGCGCGCCACCUGCUGCCGUCGUCGUCCAAUGGCGGUGCUGCCGCCGCAGCCGUGGGUCUCGGCCCCGAGCAGACGGCCGGCAUCUACGCUCGGGCCGUCUUCGCCUGGGUCGCCCCGCUUCUCCGGACCGGCUUCCGGCGCCUGCUCCGGCCCGACGACCUGUUCGCCCUGGACGAGCAAAUGACUGCCGCACAUCUGAGCGAGCGGUUUUGGCGCGUCUGGGAGGCGCGGAGGCCCAAUUUGGGGUCAGAUUCACACAAAUACCGCCUCGUCACUUCUUGUCUGCUCGCUCUGUGCUGGCCGCUGGCCGCCGUCAUCGUCCCGCGCCUCGUGCAGCUUGCCUUCACAAUAUGUCAGCCGCUCGUCCUGAAUCGGUUCCUUCUCUUCCUCGACAAUGAGAAGCAGCCGGAUCGCAUCGGGUACGGCCUCGUCGGCGCGUACGGGCUCGUCUACAUUGGCAUCGCCGUCUCUCAGGCGCUGUAUUGGCACCGCAACGGCCGCUUCGUCACCAUGCUGCGCGGCGUACUCGUCUCUGCGGUCUUCGCCAAAGCAACUCAGGUCAGCGUCACGGCGACAGACGAUGCGGCGGCAGUCACGCUCAUGUCGUCGGACGUCGAGGUGAUUGUGCGCGCUUUCAAGGAGAUCAACGAGUUUUGGGCCAACCUUAUCCAAAUUGCCAUUGCGACCUGGCUAUUGAGCGCCCAGAUCGGGUAUGCGUCCGCAGGGCCCAUCAUCGUCUCCCUGGUCGCUCUGUUGGCAACCAUUACCGUCGCGCCCAUGGCAAAAAAGUAUCGCGUCGGGUGGCUCGAAAAGACGCAAAAGCGAGUCGGGAUUACAUCUGCCAUGAUCGGGCACAUCAAGAGCAUCAAAAUGUCAGGCCUCGCCCAGCAGCUCUCCACCACCAUCGCCGCCUUACGCGUGGAAGAAAUCAAGGCAUCCAGGCCCUUCCGGGUCUUUGGGAGCAUCACGUCCGCAGUUGCCCAAGUCCCAGUCCUCAUCGCCCCGCCAGUCGCCUUUGCCAUGUUCCAAGGGGUCGCGGCGCAGACUGGCGAGGUGCUGGACGCCACAAAGCUCUUCUCGGCGCUGUCCUUUAUCAUCCUCCUAGCGCAACCGCUGUUUUGGAUGUUCGAGGUUGUGCUUGACUUGAGCGCCGCCUUUGGUGCCUUUGAGCGGAUUCAAAAGUUCCUCGUCGAGCAGACUCGCGCGGAGUAUCGAGACAUUGGAUUGGUACAGCCGACUGGGGAAACUCUGGUCGGGGAAGGGAGUGGUCAAGUCGAGAUGCAGCGGCUGCCGGUCGGUGCGGCGUCUAUUGGGCACUCCUUACAGAAUACUCGAAUGGCCGUCUCGGCCCAUGACGCAUGCUUCUCUUGGACCGCCGACAAGAUGACCCUGAAUGGUCUCGACCUCAGUCUACCUCGUGGACAGUUUGCCAUGAUAGUCGGGCCGGUCGCCUCUGGCAAGUCAACCCUAUUAAAGGGUCUCCUGGGAGAGGUACCGGUUGCAAGUGGAAGCAUAACGCUGCUCCCGGGAAGGCUGUCAUGGUGCGACCAAAGCCCCUGGAUCCUGAACCAAUCCAUCCGCGACAACAUCAUCGGUUACUUCCCCGUCAACGAGACUCUGUACCAGCAAGUCAUCAGAGCAUGCGAACUGGAGAGGGAUCUAACGCAACUUCCACAUGGCGACCUAACCGUGGUGGGAAGCAAGGGCCUUGCACUCAGUGGCGGUCAGAAGCAGCGAGUGGCACUUGCAAGAGCAGUGUACUCGAGGCCGGAGAUUGCCCUGUUCGACGACAUUUUCGCCGGUCUCGACAGUCGCACGUCCAACAGAAUCUUUGCCAACCUGUUUAGCCCGAGUGGCCUGCUGAAGCAAUGGGGCACGACCGUUCUGCUCGCAACUCAAUCAGUGAACUUCCUGGAGUCUGCAGAGUUGAUCAUCUCCCUGUCUCAAGAGGGCCGAAUUUCCGAGCAGGGGACAUUCCGCACCCUAAAGGCGGCAGGCGGCUACGUCGCCAGUCUGCUAUCAGCAAAGCCCGAAUCCGCAGCCGCCAACAUACAUGACGAUUCUGCGGACGACCAUGAAGCCGACGGCACCAAAGCAGAGUACAAAGCCAAGGUGGCCCCCGAACAAAAGGACACGCGGAGGCAGCUCGGCGACUCGACCGUGUACCGCUACUACUUUGGCAGCAUCGGGGUCACAUUCUUCGUCGUUCUUCUAGCCCUCGAAAUCGGCUGGGCUUUUCUCCAGAGCUUCCCAAGCGAGUCCCCCCCUCCCCCCCUCCUCUCCUCCUUCAGUCGUGUGCCGGUGUGGCUCAACUUCUGGGUCGAGGCCGUGGCAGAAGGCCGAACGGGCUACUACCUCGGCAUAUACGCCGCGCUGCAAAUCAUUGGCGUGAUAUGGUUCGCUGCGCUGAUUUGGUUCGUGCUCGUCUUGGUUGCUGCCAAGUCGGGAGUGUCGCUUCAUCAUCGCCUGCUCAACACUGUCGUGCGAGCACCACUCUCUCUGUUUACAAGCACAGACCUUGGAUCCAUCACCACCCGUUUCUCCCAAGACAUUGGCAUGGUGGACAAUAACCUGCCCCUGGCCCUCGUAGUGACCCUCGCAAGUUUCUUCGCCGUCCUCGCCAAGGCGGGCCUCCUCGCCGCUUCAUCCUACUACGUCGCCAUCAGCUUCCCCCUCCUCGGCCUCCUCUACUUCUACCUGCAGCGCGGCUACCUGCGCACAUCGCGGCAGCUGCGCUUCCUCGACCUCGAGCAAAAGGCGCCGCUGUACACGCAGUUCCUCGAGACGCUCGCGGGGCUGCCCACGCUGCGCGCCUUCGGCUGGGCCGCCCCCGCCGUCGCGCGCAACCACGCCCUCGUCGACGCCUCCCAGCGGCCCUUUUACCUGCUAGUCAUGGUGCAGCGCUGGCUUGUCCUCGUGCUCGACCUCGUCACCGCCGCGCUGGCCCUCCUCGUCGUGGGCUUUGCGGUGCGCCUGCGCGGCUCCGUGUCCGUGGGGCUGACGGGCGUGUCGCUCGUGCAGCUCAUCUCGCUGAGCGAGACGCUCAACAUGCUCAUGCAGUUCUGGACGUCCAUCGAGACGUCAAUCGGCGCGGUGGCGCGCAUCAAGCAGUUUGCUGAGGAGACGCCUGAGGAGAGCCGGCCUGGGGAGGACCUCACGCCCCCGGAGGACUGGCCGAGCCAGGGGCAUCUCGUCAUAUCGAAUCUCUCGGCUUCGUAUGAAACUGACACUGAGGUACAGGCGUUGAGCGACGUCAGCCUGGAGAUUCGCGCGGGUGAAAAGGUCGCCAUCUGUGGGCGAACAGGGAGCGGCAAGUCCUCGCUCCUUCUUACUCUGCUCCGCCUCCUUGACCCCAGCCACGGAAGCAUCACCAUCGACUCCCAGCCGCUGGCGCACCUCCCGCGCGACACGGUCCGCACGCGCCUCAUCACCGUCACCCAAGACCAGUUCGUCCUCCCCGGCACCGUGCGGCACAACAUCGAUCCCGUGGGCGCGUACGCCGACGACACCAUCGCCGCCGCCCUCUCCGCCGUCGGGCUGUGGCGCGCCGUCGAGGAGCGCGGCGGGCUAGACGCACCUUUUGGCGAGGACGCCUUCAGCCACGGGCAGAGGCAGCUCUUCUUCGUGGCGCGCGCCGUGCUGAGAAGAGACGUGGGCAGGUUGGUCCUGCUAGACGAGGCGAUGAGCAGUGUUGAUCUAGAGACGGAGCAGAGGGUGCACGGGGUCAUUGACGCCCAGUUCAAGGAGCAUACAGUGCUGUCCAUUGCGCACCGGCUGGAGUCCAUCAUGAACUACGACCGCAUCAUUCUUCUCGAUCGCGGCUGCGUUGUUGAGACUGGCAAGCCCAAAGACCUUCUCCGAUCCGGCAGCAAGUUCAAGGCCCUGUGGCAGGCCAGCCAGCGACACACCGACUAA